UCAACUGAACUUGUAUCAAGUUUUGGCAUAAACAUGAAAAGGGUUACUUUAGUUUUCUUGUUUAGUCUCUUCUUAGUUUAUUUUAUAAGAAAAUCCAAGGCAGUUUCUCAAGCAGAAGGCCAUGGCGUUUACAUUGUUUACAUGGGUGCCACGGGUUCAUCGAAUGAUGUCGUUAGAGAUGAUCAAAUUCAGCUUAUGAGCUCCCUGACAACAAGGAGAAAGAACGCAGUGGUGCUUAGCUACAGAAAUAGUUUCUCAGGAUUUGCAGCACGUUUGUCAGAUGCUGAAGCUCAAUCGAUUGCUCAGCAACCCGGAGUUAUCUCUGUUUUCCCUGAUCCAGUAUUUCAACUCCACACAACACGGUCAUGGGAUUUUUUAACGGAUCAAUAUAAUCUGGUACACAGUUUCCCUAACAGUUCUGGACCAAAUUCAACCUCAAAUGGAGUAGACACCAUAAUUGGGAUUUUUGAUACUGGAAUAUGGCCUGAAUCAGAGAGUUUCAAUGACAAGGGUAUGGGUCCAGUCCCAUCUCGUUGGAAAGGCACUUGCACCAAAGGUUAUGAUUUCAAUUCUUCCAGCUGCAACAGGAAACUGAUCGGCGCAAGGUUUUACGAUGACCCUGGCAACUCUCCAACACCUGUUACAGGGACACCUAGGGACCAUGACGGGCAUGGUACACAUGUUGCAGCUACAGCAGCAGGGAGUCCAGUGGCAGGUGCAUCCUAUUAUGGGUUAGCAACAGGAACAGCCAAGGGUGGUUCUCCAGGGUCAAGGAUUGCAGUUUACCGUAUAUGCACGCCUUAUGGAUGCAGUGGAUCUGCUAUUAUGAAAGCAUUUGAUGAUGCCAUUGCAGAUGGGGUUGAUAUCAUAAACUUAUCAAUUGGUCAACCAGCUGGAGCAGAGUUUGAGUUUUCAACAAAUCCUAUAGCCAUUGGAGCUUUCCAUGCUGUAGAGAAGGGCAUUUUUGUCGUUGCCUCUGCUGGAAAUGAUGGCCCUUCACGAGAAAGUGUUGUCAAUGUUGCUCCUUGGAUUUUCACAGUUGCUGCUACAACUAUUGACAGAAACAUUGAGACACAUAUUCCCUUGGGAGGGAACAAGCUGAUUAAGGGUGGAGGUAUUAGCUUUAGCAAUCUCAAGAAAUCUCCAGUUUAUCCAUUGGUGGACAGUAAAUCUGCAAACUUAACUAUGUAUGACGGGGAGGCAAGUGACUGUGAACCAGAUACACUCGACGAACACAAAGUCAAGGGUAAAAUUGUUCUUUGUGAUCAUCUCAGUGAUGAUUUUUCAAUCGAAGAUAGGCUAAAUGAAGUGAAGAACAAGGGCGGCAUUGGAUUUAUAUUAAUUAUUCCUGAUGAUGAACUCAUAGUGGCACCCAAAAUGGGAUCCUUCCCAGGGGCAGUAGUCACUCAACAUGAUGGCGUGAAGAUUCUUUCGUACCUCAACUCGACAAAGAACCCAGUGGCAACAAUUCUGCCAACUGUAAGUGUAGAUAAUUUCAAACCAGCUCCUGUUGUGGCUUUCUUCUCAUCAAGAGGCCCUGCAUACAACACUCGAAACCUCCUAAAACCGGAUAUUGCAGCACCAGGGACUGCAAUACUUGCUGCUUGGCCAGCAAAUGACACAGAAGUGGCUCGGUCUGGCCAAGAACCACCACUAUUCAACUUCCUCUCAGGGACUUCCGUGUCUUGUCCUCAUGUUUCUGCUAUUGUUGCAACACUGAAAUCUCAAAAUCCCACCUGGAGUCCUUCAGCAAUCAGAUCAGCUAUAAUGACCACAGCUUUUCAGGAAAGCAACUUGAAGACUCCAAUGUUAGUCAACAGUGCAUAUGGAGAAUACCUUGCCGACCCAUAUGACUUUGGUGCAGGAGUAGCAACUAUGUCAGGACCACGGGAACCAGGCCUGGUUUAUGAGACUGAGAUCACAGACUACUUGCUAUUCCUCUGCUCUGCUGGCUAUAACACAUCAACAGUUAAAUUAAUCUCAAAGACAGUUCCAGACAGUUUUUCAUGCCCCACCAACGCAAGCGCUGAAUCAAUGUCUAACAUGAACUAUCCAUCAAUAGCUGUUUCUAUGUCCGAGGAAAGAGAAACCAAGAAAGUUACCAGAACUCUAACUAACUUUGGUAAAGAAGAAUCAGAAUACACGGCAAUCAUAACAGCACCAGAUGCAUUGAGAGUCCGAGUGCAUCCAAGCAAAUUGAAAUUUACAAGUAGCACGAAGAAACUGAGCUAUCAAGUGACUUUCAAAGCAACAUCUAGAGAGAGAGAAUUUUUUGGAUCAAUUACAUGGGCCAGUGGUAAGUACAAGGUUCGAAGUCCAUUUGUUGUCUCUUACUGGUAAUAUUAUCAAGCAUCUGAAACUCAACCAGUCCGACAAAUGGGUUUAUGCAAUGCAAUGCAUCCACGAACGUUGUGUCAACAAUUUAUUUGUAACUCAUAUGAAUCAUGAAUAAAAGGUUCUCAAUAGAGAAACUGUAUCUAGCUCAUAAUAUUCUUUUUUAAUAAGA